CACCAACAAUGGUGUACAUACAGAACUCGCAGGUGCACCAGAGAAGGUCGUGGCUUCGGCUAUCGAUCUUCUCCGACAUCUUCUGGGGCAUCAUCAACUUCUUCUACCUCUUCUUCUCGACCUUGAUUCAGCCAAACAAGUUUGCCAACGGUUACACGGAAACGGACUAUCGCCGUGGUGGCGGCGGACGUGGCCCCGGUGACGAUGACUCUGGCGGAUACCCACGACGACGCAUGGGCGGUUUCCGCCGUAACAAUGGACCGGCACCGCCUCCCAUGGGCGGCGGAUGAGGCCGGUAAACGCUUUCAAGCUCCUGUUUUCGCAACUUGCGCUUGAAAGCAACGAGUUGGUGACGUGCAAGCAGGAUGAGCAGCCCGUACACGCCCUCGCGCGGGCACACAUGCAAACGCGCACGCAAAUGCACACAUGUUCUUCCAUGUGUGCCUGUGUGUGCCUGCGAGUGCCUGUGCGCGUGUGUUGCACGCUGCUCGUGUGAUGUGCGCUGUGGGGAAACCUCCGUGUGUUUGAGGCCCACGCGCGCGAUGUCCUGUUUGCGAAGCGACACCCCCCCCCC